GGCUCCGGUCCGGGCUUUGGCUGCGGCCCCGGUGUAGUAGCGGGGGCGGCGGCCGGGGGCAGCGCGGCUCCUUCCCUUGUUGUGUGUGUCGGUGCCUCCUCGCCAUCUUGUUGCAAAGCCUUUUCUUGUCGGCGGGACUCCCGGGGGCCGCGGGGCGGGAGGCAUCUGAAGGGAAGAAGAGAGGGAGGGGAAGGAGGGAGGCAGUGCUGCCUUUUGUUUUUUUGCAUCAAAAUUUUUAAAAUUUGCAAAUUAUAUUUUGCAAAUAUUUUGGGAAACAUUAAUUUUUGUCUCCGUGCUCUCCCGUUCUUCCCUGCGGAGUGCGCUGCGCCGCCCAGCCCUGUCGCCCCCCGGAGGUGAUCCCUCCCUCCUGCCUGCCCGCCAGCCUGACCUGUGCCCGGCUCGCGGGCCGCAGUCUCGGCCCCGGCGCGCCCCCGGCAGCUCUCGGCGCGAUGAGCAUAGAGACGCUACUGGAGGCGGCCCGCUUCCUGGAAUGGCAAGCGCAGCAACAACAGAGAGCACGUGAGGAGCAGGAGCGGCUUCGCUUGGAGCGGGAGAGGGAGCAGGAGCAGAAGAAGGCCAGCAGCCUGGCCAGGCUGGCCCAUGCCCUGCCCGUGGAGGAGCCUCGCAUUGAAGCACCACCCCUACCUCUGUCCCCUCCGGCACCCCCGCCAGCACCCCCACCCCCACUUGCCACCCCCACCCCACUGACUGUCAUUCCUAUUCCAGUAGUGACCAACUCUCCUCAACCUCUGCCCCCACCCCCACCACUGCCUCCUGCAGCCCAGCCUCUGCCCCUGGCGCCCCGCCAGCCAGCCCUGGUUAGCACCCCUGGACUCAGCAUUAAGGAGGCUGCCCCCCUGCCCACCAGGCCACAGGUGCCCACCCCUGCUCCCCUGCUGCCGGACUCCAAGACCACCCUUCCGCCCACUGGCAGCCCUAAGCCUCUGCAGCCCCUCCCCACCCCUAUCCUGACCAUAGCACCACACCCUGGAGUCCAGCCCCAGCUGGCCCCCCAGCAGCCACCCCCACCCACUCUUGGGACCCUGAAGUUGGCACCAGCGGAAGAAGUCAAAUCCAGCGAACAGAAGAAGAGGCCUGGGGGGAUCGGAACCAGAGAAGUCCACAACAAAUUGGAGAAGAACAGGAGGGCCCAUCUGAAAGAAUGCUUUGAGACCCUGAAGCGCAACAUCCCCAACGUGGACGACAAGAAGACGUCGAAUCUGAGUGUGCUGCGGACGGCGCUGCGGUACAUCCAGUCUCUGAAGAGGAAGGAGAAGGAAUACGAGCAUGAGAUGGAGCGGCUGGCGCGGGAGAAGAUCGCCACACAGCAGCGGCUGGCGGAGCUCAAGCAUGAGCUGAGCCAGUGGAUGGACGUGCUGGAGAUCGACCGUGUGCUCCGGCAGACUGGCCAGCCGGAGGACGACCAGGCCUCCACCUCUACGGCCUCUGAGGGUGAGGACAACAUAGACGAGGAUAUGGAGGAGGAUCAGGCCGGCCUGGGCCCACCUAAACUGAGCCAUCGCCCCCACCCGGAGCUGCCGAAGCCACCGCCCAGCACCGCCCCCGCACCUCUGCCUCCCCAUCCACACCCCCACUCCCAGCCUGUGGCCCUGUCUCCUGUCCACCUGCCUGGGCAGCAGCCGCCACCACAGCAGAAGACACCUCUGCCAGCCCCUCCUCCCCCACCGGCUGCCCCUGCCCAGACGCUGGUGCCCGCUCCAGCCCAUCUGGUGGCUGCAGCUGGUGGAGGUUCCACGGUCAUCGCCCACACGGCCACCACCCACGCCUCAGUCAUCCAGACUGUGAACCACGUUCUACAGGGGCCGGGCGGCAAGCACAUCGCCCACAUUGCCCCCUCGGCCCCCAGCCCUGCUGUGCAGCUGGCACCUGCCACACCCCCCAUUGGCCACAUCACAGUGCACCCUGCCACCCUCAACCAUGUGGCCCACCUCGGCUCCCAGCUGCCCCUGUAUCCACAGCCCGUGGCAGUGAGCCAGCCCGUGGCGGUGAGCCACAUUGCCCACACCCUCUCACACCAGCAAGUGAAUGGCACAGCGGGGCUGGGACCCCCAGCCACUGUCAUGGCAAAGCCAGCUGUGGGGGCUCAGGUGGUGCACCACCCCCAGCUGGUGGGCCAGACAGUGCUCAACCCCGUGACCAUGGUCACCAUGCCCUCCUUCCCGGUCAGCACACUCAAGCUGGCUUGAGGAUGAGGCCACUCAGAGGCCCCCAGUGGGGGCAGGGAGGGGGACCUGUCCCCCACUCUCCCACCCACCAGCUCCACACAUUCCAGCCAGGCCAAGGCCCGCCCCACCCACACCCACCCCCAGGCCUCCUAGGGGAAGGGGGUGCAGAGACUCUGAGCCAGGGGAGGGAGGGCCCCCCCCAGGGAGCUGGGCACAGGGCAGGGGGUUACCCCACUGCACUAGGACUUGAUAAAGUGAUGAGACACUCUGGUGAAUGUGCCACUCGUCCGGCCUGGUGCCAGCUCCAGUGCCGUUCCCGCCUCCCCACCUUGUCCCCUGCAACCAGUGCGAAGUGGGUGUUGUGUUCUCCGGCUUCCCCGACCCUGCCUGCCUUCCUGUGCUGCUGCUGCUGCUAUUGCUGUCUGAUGAGGUGGCUGAGUGCCGGGUCCUCUGUCCUGAGCCUUGGCCUUCUCUCCCCAGGCCUUUGGAGGGGACGGGGAGAGGGAGCAGAACUGAAGCAACUUGGCCCAGAAAGCUGGGUACCGUGGGGGGGGGGGGUGCGCUCUGCUCUGAGUACACGUGACUGAUCCUAAGAAGUGGCUGCUCUGCAGUCCCACCCACACAGGUGGGCGCCAGCCUACGGUUCUCCAACCCAGCUGCGGUCACUGGCUUGUCACAGCAGAAGCUAGUUAAGAGGAGUCUCUAUCAACAACUGAACCCGUGCUGUUGCUAAGCUCCCUGAGCGCCCCAAUCCUUGCUACUGGGCUCCUGACCUCAGGAGGGUAGGCUGAAGGUGGGUGGGGACUGGGAAGGAAGGGCUUAGCGGUCCUGCCCCUCCCCACCUCCAGCCGGCCUGGGUACGGCUGGGGAGAGAGCUUCUCUGGACCGGUCAGUCCCCAUCCCUGGUUCCCUGGCCUCUGCUCAGUGCUGUGCACUCCCGAGGGAUGGGUGUGCCUGAGUGCCUCCCGCAGCCUCAGAGAAGUGGAUUAGUAGCUAUCUGGUCUGGGUUCCAGGUGCCUGAAGCCACACUGCUGAGGAAGUUAAAAAUCCAGGGCCUGGGCCCAACCAAGUUCCUUCCCUGCUGCUCUGGGGACCUGUAGAGAAGGGAGGAGGGCUGCUACUCCUGCCCCAACUCCUCUGUCUCUGCCAUCAUCUCUCUUUCCCCCUGAACAUCCACUUUUUCCCAGUGGGCUGUUCUGAGUGUAUACUCGGUGGAGGCUGCUGCGUGCCACAACUUUCCUCUGAGGAAGGUCCUUGGUUGGACCUAGGGCAGGGCUGAGCUUGGGGUGGGGAGUCAGGGGGCCUGUGUGUGUGUGGGGGGGGGGGGGGCAUGCUUCUUUCCCUGCCUCUGCCUCGCCAGACCGCUUUGGCUUCUCUUUUUAUGUGGGUAUUUAUUACAAGUGGCCUUGUGUCAGACACACUCAGUUGUGCACUCGGCUCCCCACCUGGACACAAGAUGGCCUUUCAGUGUGGGGAGAGGAAGCCAGUGUCCCUAGGUGUGAAGUUUGCUUUGACAGGCUGGGGGCAGGAGGAGUGGCCUGCAGUGUUCUGAGGAGGCUGGCAAAGGUCUUGAACAGGUUUGGACACCUAAGAACCCCCUUUCAGUUCCUUCCUGGUCCUGGAGACUUCCCAGGGGACUGCUCUCCUUUGUCUCUCCUGGGGUGGGGAAAAGGAGGGCCUGUGGACACCCUAGAGGCCUCUAAGAGGGAGCCCCACACCCAUCCCAGCACAGCACUCACACCUCACAAGCUCGCUGCCUUCCUGCCCCUGCAGCCACCACCUGCCACCCUGGUUCUUGGGGAGACCAGUUUCCACUCUUCCUUGAGUGAUUACAACCGAAAGAGCAGAGGGAGCCCGAUCAGCCUGGCGCCCAGGGAACAGAGAAAUGUUGGGGAACCUGCCCUCCCUCUCAAGCUCUGUUCACCUCCCUGCAUCCUGAGGCCAUUCCAGAAAGUGUGUCAACCAGUGGCCUCUCGGGCCUGCACAGAUACCUCAUCCGCCUGUUCACCGCCCCUGCCCCUCCCCACCCCUAGCAGUGGGGGCCUUCGAAUCUAGUGCCGAAUGACUAUGUCCAGAUUGGUGACGAUGGGUGUUGUUGCUGUUGUUUUUGUUGUUUGUGAACGCUGUGAUGCCGUGUGCCCGAGAGGGCAGCCGCCGCCCAGCCCUUCCUUGGGCAUCUCCCCUCUGAGAGCUGUCAGGACCAUAUCUGUCCUCACCCUGUGGGACCGCCUGCCCCUCCCCUCCCUAGCCCUUCCAGCCUGGGGGACGCGUGCGUGUGCGCACACAUACACACACACAUACACACACACACCUUACCUCUCAUGCGUGUUUUACUUUUUGAUGUUAAGAGUGGUUCACUGGCUGGGAGCCUUUACCUCGGGGAGAGGGGGAGGUUGGUUCCUUGGGGGGCCAAAGAAGGGCAGGGAGUGCCUGGAGGGGAAUUAGGGGUCACCAUACCCCUGCUCUCCAGGAACAGCUUCUCCCCCAUCCCAGGGUUCCAUCCCCAUCCCCUAAAGAGGUGGCCCUUGUUUACAGUGAGGACUCGGUCACUGUGUCUCCGUUUCCUGAAAUAUAAACCGUAGCGACCCCAGACUGUAGAGAUUUUUAUGUGUUUGGAUACAUCUGCUGUGUGGGAAAAAAAAAAAAAACCCUACAAAAACCCUAAUUUUGUACAUAUUGUAUUUUUACUAUUGAACUGUAUUCUAGUGGCUGUUCAUGCUCCAAGACUUUAGGUAUUGAGACAUGAAUACUAUCCAUGUAAUAAGCACUUGCCUGGAAUAAAAUAUAAAACUGAAAUAAACCUGCACUGAAACCAGA